AUGAAGCUUCGUGGCAGCUUGCAUGCCGACAUCUCCAAGCUCACUGCGCUCACCAGCCUAAACGUGGCGUCCAACCUCUUGGAUGCGCGCAUGAGCGAGUGGGCUCUGCCUCUCACCGGCCUCAAGGCACUCAAGCAACUGUCUCUCAACUACAACUGGUUCUCCGGCCCUCUGCCCUCAUUCCUCCUCACCAUGUCCUCCCUCUCAGCUCUCAACGUGCAAUUCAACUACCUCGCUGGUCCCAUCACCGGCACUCCCUCUGCCUCCCUCAAGUCCCUCAACGUCGCCUCCAACCUCCUCACAGGAACCUUCCCAGCAUCUUCCACCACUGCAUGCGAUGCACGCAGCAACUGCCUAGCAGACUCCUCCAAGUGCCUUACCUCUGGCUCCUCCUCCCAGAGGCUUUCCUCUGACUGCGACGUCUGUGGUUUGGGGAGUUCCAGUGCGGUGGUGUGCAAUGGAGGGGUGUGCGCGCCUGACACUACCGCGCCCAUGGCAGCACUCACGCCGAAUAGUGACUCUGCUGCUCUGCUGCCCAUGCAGUGCUCGGGUGUGCGCAUUGACGCCACAGCAGUAUCGGUGCUUGGGAGCCUCAAAGCGGCACUGGGAGUGCCUCUCCCGGACUGGGGAGGGAACUCGCUGUGCACGGUGGUCCUCGUGGUUUCCGGAGUCAGCAGCUCCUCCUCUGGCCCGAGGGACUUGGGAGGCGUGCUGUGCAGCCCGGCCGGUGCUGUGGUGGAGAUCAACCUCAACACGCGCCAGCUGGCUGGGUCCAUGCAUGCAGAUAUCUCCAAGCUCACUGCGCUCACUAGCCUCCAACUGCACUACAACUACCUGUUUGGGCCCAUCCCCUCGGCUCUUAUCGGUCUCAAGAGCCUCUCCAAGCUGAGUCUGGGCUCCAACUACCUCACCGGGAGCGUGCCAGUGCCAGGCACUGCCAUGAAGCACCUGGACCUCGAAAACAACUACCUCGUGGGAACCUUCCCAACAGGUUCCUGGCAGUCCUGCUCGGCACGCACCAACUGUUUCUCGAGUGCUGCUGCUUGCACGGCGGACGGAGGCAAAGGGACUGUUCAGAGAGCCACGUGCAGCAUCUGCGGCAGUGCUGAUGGCACGGGGGUGUUGUGUGGCGGCGGUGGUGCGUCCACCUGCCAGCCCACAGCUACUUCCCUCGCAUCCCUCUCCACACUCAACAGCCCCUCUGCCCCUGCGCUUCCUCUCGCGUGCUCCUUGCUGCCAGCUGUACCCGUCAACUCUACUGCCAGCAUGGGCACAGGCAUGGGCACAGGCAUGGGCACAGGCAUGGGCACAGGCAUGGGCACAGGCAUGGGCACAGGCAUGGGCACAGGCAUGGGCACAGGCAUGGGCACAGGCAUGGGCACAGGCAUGGGCACAGGCAUGGGCACAGGCAUGGGCACAGGCAUGGGCACAGGCAUGGGCACAGGCAUGGGCACAGGCAUGGGCACAGGCAUGGGCACAGGCAUGGGCACAGGCAUGGGCACAGGCAUGGGCACAGGCAUGGGCACAGGCAUGGGCACAGGCAUGGGCACAGGCAUGGGCACAGGCAUGGGCACAGGCAUGGGCACAGGCAUGGGCACAGGGAGCAUGGUAUUGGCGGCGCUGCUGAGCAUCAAGACAGCCUUGGGAGUGACACACACAGGGUGGGCGGCAAAUGCUGUCUGCACGCUGGCAGGGACAGGUGGCACUGUGGCGAGUGGGAGCUUGACUGGUGUGGAGUGUGACUCCGCUGGCAACCCCGUCAAGAUCACUCUCAACAACCAGCAGCUGUUCGGAGUGCUCCCUGCUGAUGUCACCAAACUCACAGUGCUCACUUACCUCAACCUGCAGUCUAAUCUCUUCAGAGCACGCCUUGAAGACUUUGCUUUGAGGCUUCCCGCCCUCACCAACCUGGCAGUGCUCCUGCUGGACUACAACUGGUUCAAGGGCUCGCUGCCCCCGCCUCUCCUCGCCAUGACCAAACUCACCCGCCUGAGCAUGGCGUACAACUACCUGACAUACCGCGUGCCACCGGUGUCAGCAUCGCUCAAGGCAAUCGUCCUCUCCAACAACUUCCUCUCGGGCACCUUCCCUGCCAACUCCGCCACCUCCUGCGUCUCUGCUGCCAACUGCUUCACCAGCGCCACCUCCUGCAACACUCCUAGCGAGCAGGGCGAUACGGCACAGCGAGCGACAGGGUGUGAUAUCUGCGGCAGUGCGAGUGGUCAGGGCAUGCUGUGCGGCAGCACAGGGGUGUGCACGCCCAAUGCUGCUGCACUGUUCACCGCCAAGACGGCGAAUACUGCUGCUGCUGCUGUUCUCCCCAUGGCUUGCGUUGACCUUGUGUGUGCUGCAGCUGCACCCAUUGCCUGCCCCACUGACUGGCGCUGCCAGGGUCUCAAGUGUGCGGCACCUGCUGUCUCCAACUGCAUUGGCUACCUCUGCACUCCGUAG